AUGGCCAGCAAAGACAAGGAAGCAGCCUCGAGCGACGCUACGCCCUCCAACCCCCGUGGCAUUCCGUACGCGCCGUUUGUCGACAAGGUUGAGGACUAUGUCUCGUCACGGGCCGACGUCGAGCCGACGUUGCGGCGGUUUCAGGAGAUGAUUGCGAAGUACCAAUUUAUGGAACAGAACCUGCAGCGGAGAGUGGCCGGGUUGAAGGACAAGAUGCCUGACAUCAGGAAAACAUUGGAUACUGUCCGGUUUCUAAAGCUGCGGACGUCCGACUCAGAUCCCAUCGAGACCACCUUCGAGCUGAACGACACCCUCUAUGCAAAGGCCGAGAUACCGCCCACCGAUGAGGUCUACCUGUGGCUUGGGGCCAACGUGAUGCUAUCAUAUCCGAUCGAUGAGGCGGAGACGCUCCUUGAGUCGAAGCUACAGGCGGCCAAGCAGAGCCUGUCAAACUGCGAAGAGGAUUUGGAUUUUCUGCGGGAACAAAUUACGACCAUGGAGGUGGCGGUGGCCCGAGUAUACAAUUGGGAUGUCGUGCAAAAGCGUAAAGAGAAGGAGGAAGAAGAGAAGGGGACGGGGAAGAAUACCGAGGCCGCCUCUUGA